UCCUCAGAACCAAACAUUUUUUCCAAACCAAGUCACGUUCGCUUGCUCGGAAGCGCCAGGACGCGACCACGCGCUUGGGUAUUCCGUGCACAGAGCUGAUCGGAGCGCCGCUCUCUCUCUGUGCUCUCUCUUUCUUUCUCUCUCUCUCACACACACACAGCUCCUCUCUCCCUCCAUCCCUCUCUGUCUCUGCGUGUCUCUUUUCUUCACGCACUGCCCCACAACAACCACCACCACCUACAACUGCAGCAGCAGCAGCAACUUCGCAUCUUCCGAGUGGACUUACAGCGUCAUGGGGUGCCGACGCCGCUGCUCGCGCUGCGUGGGUGCCACGCCGUGCGGCUCGCUGCUCGCCACCGUCGUGUGCCUGGCCGGCGUGGGGCUAUUCUGCGGAGCGGGCCACCAGGCCCUCGGUACCACCGAGGAACUGCUCCGCCACCGCUUCGCCUACCCCACGGACGACGGAGGGGAGGAUGGGGAGCGGAGAGGGAUCGGAAAACUGAUGGACGUGCUGCGUUACGUGCUGUACGGCCUGGCCGGGGCCUUCUGCCUCUACGGCGCCGUGCUGCUGUGCGAGGGCGCCGCCUCCACGCGCGCUCGCCGCCGCUCCUACAGCGGGGGUAGCGGCGCCUCCGCGUGCGCCACCUGUGUCAGCGGCUGGUUCAUCUUGCUGACCUUCGUGCUGGCGCUCGCGUGGCUCGGAGUGUUCGGCCUCUCGGCCCUGCCCGUCUACAUGGCCUUCUCCGUGCUCUCCGCCUGCCACUCGGUGGCCCCCCCGGCCGGGUCCCCCGCCCCGCCGCCCCCAAGCCGCGUCUGCGUCGACUUGCGCCAGUUCGGCGUCAUCCCGUGGAACGAGACCGCGGGGGUGCUGUGCGACGCGCCGCUGAGUGAGAUGUGCGACAGCUCCGAGUUCACGACCGCCUUCUACCUGUACGCGGCAGCGAGCGCGGGAGCAGCACUCACCGUGCUGUCCAUGCUCAUCUACUGCUCCGUGCUGGUGUACAACUUUGGGGUCUCGCGCCUCUACCGACGGGAGGAUUACUGCACCAAGCUGUGAAGGGAGCGGGCAUCCAACUCCCACCAUGCCCACGGGGCACCCAGAGAUCGGCAGAACAAACGGGGGCAGAAAAACGCUUACGCACUCACUCACCGACUCAAUCGCUCGCUCGCUGACUUGCUCACUCAAUCACUCGCUUGUUUACUCACGCACCCACUCACUCAAUCUCUCGCUUACUUACCAUAGCACUUGCGCCAAGACCCCUCUCCGACCACCAAACAUCUCUCUUCCCCUGCCCCAGAGUUUUGUCACCAAUCCACAGUUUUAUGGCAGGAGCCAGUCUCUCCAUAUACGACAACCACUGUUGACCGCCCAUGAAGUGGUAUCUAUUUUAUCGACCCCAGAGGGAUAACAAUGGUGGGCUGAAUCGAGCUCUUAAUCCAGGAUCAAACUCACAACUUUCCGACCGUGUGUUGUAUACUCUGCCGUAGUCCUGCCAUCACUGCGAUGGGUUCCGUGGGGUUUAGACUGCCAACGUUAAAUAAAUGGCUGGGAACUGCAUGAUCGCGACAGCAUUGUCUGCCACACGGGGCUGGUGGCAGACACCUGGCCACCACUUGCCGUGACAUUGACAAUGAUAGUUAAACAGGGCGCCGCGGUGGUGAGAUGUUAUUUGCCUCGCCUGGUAUACAGGAGGUCGUGGGUUUGAUCCCGACCCUAAUGCCUGUAUAUUUGGAGUUUGCAUGUUCUCCCCUGUGGCAGCGUGGAUUUUUCUCCGGACCCUCCGUUUUUUUCCCUCGAUAUUAGAAUAAACAUGCGCUUUAUUUGAACGCUAUACAUUUCCACACGAUACACCACUUCGUUAAGCUAUCAUUUGUGGCCAGGUCGCCUCUGAAAAAGAACCAUUAGCUCAGUGGGCCUUACAUGGUAAACAAAAAAUACUUUUUAGGGUUCACAACGGCCGUGUCAGAGUCACCGAAAAAGUUCCAAAGGGAUACCCGGGUUAGAAUCUGUCGGGGGGUUGCUGCCGCCCGUGAUGAAACCGGCUUCGGCUUCCCAAGUGAGGUGACCUCAUGGUCUCAGACCUGGGUCACUGAUGACAGCACCCACAAAAAAUCCCACCGCGUUGAAGGUAGUUUUUCACAUAAAUAUAGAACACGUUUAGCGGUGAGGAUUUAAGUUUCGGAUCGAGCGUUGUCAUUUCGACAAAUGCUGUUAACAAGGCACGUAUUAAUACACGUGUGCCACCUAUUGUGGAAUUUAUUCAAGGCCCAGUGAAGGUGACAUCGGCGGUUUGAUGUCACCUUCCCCACGGCCGUACUGGAGCACAAAGUGAUGCAUUCGUCUCGAGACGCCAAGAUAAGCACAAAUUGGAAUUAUAAUUAAAAGCAUUUUAAGGCAUAUAUAUUUUUUACAGAAGCAAAAAUAGAUUAAAAAAAACCGUCAGAGCACCGGGGGACGCGGAAACACUGGGUAGGCGUAGCGACGGAAGUUUCAGGGGUCGCUCUUUGAUCGUCUAGUACUGAAGUACAGUGUUUAAUUGCGUAACGAGACCUCGUAAUUGGUAUAAUUGUAGCGAUCGGGCUCGAGCAGGGGUGGGAAACGUGCGGCCCACGUGCCAGAUGCGGCCCACGGCUUGGGUAAGGUCCGCGUCCACACGCGGGCUACUGCCACUUCGAAACGGCCCACAAAACGAUCUUUAUCCGUCACCGCGGACACCUCGGGUGCUUUGGUUUCUUCCCACGUGUAAACACUCAUUAAUUGACCGAUAACACCUUCGUAUAUAGAGAGGGUGGCAGAGUUUGGGUGGUGGGAGCGAUAUUGGCGCUGGUUCACUGUCUGGCUGUUGUUCCUCCUGUGCGGCGUGAUACAAGUUGAAAUUAUUAUUAAUCGGUCACCUGUUUCCUUUCACGGAGUUCUGAGCACACGGUCAAAUGCGUGGCUAGCCACUGAAGAUGUUUGAGAGUCCUUUUCGGCCCUCGGUAAGGUAAAAAAAGUUAUAUCUCUCAGGCAGAUUGUGACCUGUAGACCCACGUUUCCAAUCACACAAAACACGAAGUCCAUUCUUUUUACACGGGAAAGGCUGACGGAGUUCGAAGACUCAUUUUUUACGCUGGUUCCUGCUACAUCUGGAUGUUUGGCCAUUCCAUCGAUGAGUGUGUGACUUGUGGAAAGGCAACAGGAGUGUGUGGAGAAAACUGAUGCACACGAGGGGAUAACACACAAACGUAUUUAAUCCACAGACAGAACCAUGCCCUAUGUGGAUCAAGCCGAUGGCUGUCCUGCCAUCUCCUGGCCCCCCUCUCUCAGUCCGAGAUGUCAGAUUUGAAAAUAAGUACUCAAAAUUUAAUCAACUACUUGCUAACAGCAUGAAUAAUGAUAUACGUCCUUGUUAAUAAUUUACAAUCCCUUCGAGGCAAAUACGUCCUUCGAGGCAAGCACAUGUAGUGAACUUAUAAUCACAACAAUAUAGUUACAUUAUUCAAAAUCAAUUAAACGUCAUAGAAAGCAUACAUUCAAAGUGCACCCAAUUUCAGUGCAAGGUGCACCCCAGACCAAACAGAGUGCACCCACCCACGUGCUGAGACAAGGCUACGCUCGCACGCGCGUGUGAUUGGCCGGCGCGGUUCGACGACUUGCUCCCUGCCCCGCCCCCUGCCUGCACGCUAACCCCCCCCCUCGUCCCCCACCACCCCACACAGGAGGGCUAGACUUUAGUGUGGCACCGUGCGUGUUUCUAGCGUUAUUGCCCGCAAUAGACUUUAUUUUUGUUGGAGUUGUGUGUUUUUUUUUAAACUAGUCCAAUGUUGAGUAUUAAUAAAAUGUGCGUAGCGUUCUAGGCGACUUUGAUGUCGUGCAACUUGUAUGUGGUGAAGUCAUCGGACUACGGUUCCCCAACUCUGAACCCCAACUCCUGACCCCAAACCUCCACCCCCAACCCUCUCACUGAUCCCUAACCCAAGUGCUGCACCCCACAAACCCCUAACUCCAAGCCCUAAUCCCCAGCUCCAACCCAUUAACCUCCUAACCCCCUAUCCCCAAUCCCUAACUGCAACCCCGAACGGUAAACACCUAACUCCCAACAACUCCGUAGCCCAUCGACUCCUAAACCCUUUUCCCCACAGCCUUUUCCCCCGGCAACUAGAUGCCACGGCAUCAUCCCCACGUGGCGUUCGUUUUACCACCCACCGCAAAGGAAUGCCAUUGCUGAUGACGAUGAUGGCGGUGAUGAGAGCGGUUGAAGGGACUGGAUUGGAUGUGAACGCGGCAUAUUGCAACUGGGGAAGAAGCCUCGCCUCUGUCGUUUGACGAACGAUGAUGGCCAAUGGUGGUUGUUGUUGUUGGUGGUGGUGCUGCUGCUGGGUUGCCGGUAACAAUUUUCCGCCCAAAUCGUAACUCAAUAAUUCGGUUGUCGCCUUGCUGUUGUUGUUGUCGUCGUCGUUCUUGUUCCUUGUAAGAGCGUCGUUUUUGAAUCUAACGUCGAGAUCGUUUUUAGUAAAACUACUGUGUAACGCCUCUACUUCGAAAUAACAUAAUAGCGACGACGGUAAAGAUGAUGAUGAUGAUGUUAUUGAACAACUUAAAUACUGUAUUAAUGUUUUUUAACCUACUGUACUAAAAGUAAACUUGGGUGUUUUAAAAGGAUUGAUCUGCAUGCAUAAAACCACAAGACGUUGAAAUGUGUGUCCUGUCUAUUCGUUAAUAACUCAAGAGAAGUUUAAAAUAAAGUUGGUACUUAUACCUGA